ACUUCUCUGGCAGCGGAGGGACUGAAGGCUGGAUUCUAGAGGGGCAAGGCGAGGGCAGAUCCUACGAAGAAACAGUGAGGGGAGGCGUAAGAAAGUUCUGCUCUGCUCAGUGUACAUGCCAGCAUAUGAAAUAGAGUUACAGCAGAGUUUCCAGGCAGCACUUCAUGGGAGCAGUGGAUCUUAUUCGACUUUACCUGCGCUUCACAUGCAGCUGAUCUGCUCUGCAAACUGGAAAAACGCACUGACACUUCUGACAGGCUUUUUUGUCCCUCUUCAGUGUCUAAACCUCAACUUGUCAAAUCCACACAGCAGGUGUCAACAUGCUGGAGCAGGUUCUGUCGUUCAGCCGCUCCCUGGUGCGCAGGAAAGUGGUUGACAUGAACAACCUGGAGGACUCCAAGUUGUGCCGCUGCCUAGGAACCGUCGACCUCAUCGCCCUGGGAGUUGGCAGCACUCUAGGCGCCGGUGUCUACAUCCUGGCCGGAGAGGUGGCCAAAGGUGACUCUGGCCCCAGUAUAGUGAUCUCCUUCCUAAUCGCUGCCUUAGCAUCCGUUAUGGCCGGUCUGUGUUACGCUGAGUUCGGUGCGCGCGUCCCCAAAACCGGCUCUGCUUACCUUUAUAGCUACGUGACUGUUGGAGAGAUCUGGGCCUUCAUCACUGGGUGGAACCUCAUCCUCUCCUAUGUGAUUGGUACCUCCUCAGUUGCCAGGGCUUGGAGUGGCACAUUUGAUGACAUGAUAGGAGGCCACAUCGAGGUUUUCUGUAAGACGUACUUCAGCAUGAACUCUCCUGGUCUGGCUCAGUACCCGGACUUCUUUGCCGUCUGCCUGAUACUGCUGCUUUCUGGACUCCUGUCGUUUGGGGUGAAGGAGUCAGCCUGGGUCAACAAAGUCUUCACUUCAGUCAACGUGCUUGUACUGUUGUUCGUCAUCAUUUCUGGUUUUGUCAAAGGAGAUUCGGCGAACUGGAAGAUAUCUGAAGAAUCCCUCAUAAAUGUCACCAUAGUUAAACGGAACGUGUCGGUGACGACCAAUGUGACCAGUGAUUAUGGAGUAGGAGGAUUUAUGCCUUUCGGGUUCAGUGGGACCUUAGCUGGAGCUGCCACCUGCUUUUACGCUUUUGUCGGAUUUGACUGCAUUGCAACCACAGGCGAGGAGGUGAGGAACCCUCAGAAAGCCAUUCCCAUCGGCAUCGUGGUGUCGCUGACCGUGUGUUUCCUGGCGUACUUCGGUGUGUCGGCUGCGCUCACACUGAUGAUGCCUUACUACCUGCUGGACGAGAAGAGCCCUCUGCCCAUGGCUUUUGAGUAUGUGGGCUGGGGCCCUGCCAAAUAUGUGGUCGCUGCAGGUUCACUGUGUGCCCUCUCCACCAGUCUGCUGGGCUCCAUUUUCCCCAUGCCUCGUGUAAUCUAUGCUAUGGCACAGGAUGGUGUGCUUUUCAAAGUCUUAGCCCGAAUCAAUCCUAAGACGAAGACCCCACUUAUUGCCACUAUGACAUCCGGUGUAGUAGCAGCCAUCAUGGCGUUCCUGUUUGACCUGAAGGCGCUGGUUGACAUGAUGUCCAUUGGAACUCUGCUGGCCUACUCGCUGGUCGCUGUGUGUGUACUGAUCCUCAGGUACCAGCCCGAUGGAGCCAUGGAGCGACGGGCAGGCCCUGGUGAGAGGGACUAUCUCUCCUCUGAGGAGGGGGAGUCUGACCUCACAGAGUCUGAGUCUCACCUUAACAUGCUGAAGGGGGGCAGCUCCACCCUGCAGGCCGUCCUGCACCCGCCUGCCUCUCCCUCUGAGCAUUCCUCCAGCGUGGUCAACAUGUCUGUCUGUGUGCUCGUGCUGGUAGUGUGCGUGAUGAGCUAUCUCACCACGUACCACAUCUACAACAUCCUUGAUUUGGAGGGGUGGAUCCUGGCCUCGCUAUUUGUAUGCCUGCUUAUCUUCAGCGGCUGUGUGUUCAUGGUCUGCAGGCAGCCUCAGACCACCAAGAAGGUCUCCUUCAUGGUUCCCCUUCUGCCUUUUCUGCCAAUUGUGAGCGUAUUUGUCAAUAUUUACCUCAUGGUGCAGCUGAGUGGAGAUACCUGGAUACGUUUCUCUGUGUGGAUGGCUGUGGGCUUCUUGAUCUACUUUGGCUACGGCAUGUGGCACAGUGUUGAGCGCCAGCGCAAACUCCAGAGCCCUUCAAACAGCAACAACCAGGAACACAAGAAGGCCGGCGGGGAGAAGCAGGCGGCAGGAGGAAAAGACCAGGAGGGUUUCAUCUGCCCAGAAAAAACCAGCCAGUGUUAAAAGUAAAAGACUCUGUGAGGCGACAGAUGCAUAAAAGCAAACCGCAGCUCUGCCUUGAUGCACCUGUUCAUACAGCUUCACCACGUGUUCCUCAGUCUCAGCACAUUCAGCCUGCAAGGGCAGUGUCAGUUCUCUGUAUCAGGGGCAGCAUGAUGCUGAGCUGCUGCAUCACUGAGAUGGACACUCAUCCUGUAGAUCACAAUGCGCUUUAUGGACAGCAUGGAGGCAGAAAUAAAAGGACAGGUAACACACUGGAGAGUGAUGUUGAUUUACUUUAACAGUGAAUCAGUCGAUUGAAGACUGCAGUGACACUUUCUCUUUCUGUAUGGACUUUUUAGUGCAUGAAACACUUUUAGUCUUUUCUAUCAAUCUUUGUAUUUGUUAUCUUCAGAAGCCCAGGGAAGCAAGUGAGAAAAGAAAAUUCUGGUGAUUCAUUUUCUAAGUCGAUCUAAAUGGUUUUCUCUGGUAAAGGGUGGAACAAAAGUUGUCAUGUUAUAAGUUCCUCUAAAAAAUCAAUGAUAGCUGGGGGGAAAAGUAUUGGGAGGUUUUGGGUGUUUUAUGUUUGUUUGUUUGUUGUUGUAAUAUCUCCAUCUGUAAUAUGGAUUGAUUAUCCUAGCCAAACCUUUUCCUUAAGUCAUAAACAUAAAUGAAAACCAAUUUAGAUCGGACUUGGAAAAUUAACCACCAAAUGUUUUAUUUCUUUUGCCGUCACACUUGCAUAUUAGGGUUUCCGUAUCGUCAGGCAUGUAUGUGGGUUUUUGAAUGUGAAACCUUGGAAAUCUGUGUUAUCCUUUCAUUGCUCCAGAGUAUUAUUAUUAGAUUUUGAUACACCAAUUAUGUACUACUAUUAAAAGUAACAUUAGUUUUUGGUAGAAGGACUCGUUGUUCUUUGACAUAAGUGUAGGAUGCUGAAAAAGUAGCAGCGUUAGCUUUAAUGCCCAUCAUCAUAAGGUUAAAAUAUAUUAUAGAACUGUUUUGUGCAUAAUUGUUUUAUAUGCACACAUUUGAAAUGUUUAUAUAUGUAUAAAAAGAUCAGCAUUUAGACCAAUGUACAAUAUGUUCAAUAGUUUUUUAGGUACUUAACAUGUUUUGACUCAGCUGAUGGAAGUACGCCAAGUGCUUCUGUAGGUGUUAUGUAACAGAUCGUAUCAAUCUUUGCUGUAGGGUUAUUGAGGUAACUGUAGCUUUUUUCAACACAGGGUUCAUUUUUAUAUAUUUGCUUUGAUGUGUUUUUAUCUAUGGACUGUUACAGCUGAAUAUGAAAAUUGUUGUUUGAUACAGAACUCGACCCGAAAAGUAUUUUUAAUCGUAGUAUUUUUCACUCUAUCAGACUAUGACACUGUAUGUAUGAUAUGUUGUGCUGUUUUGAUACAGACAUGCUGAUAUUUUAGCCUUCAUAGACUUAAUUAGACUUUGAAACAACAUAUUAAAAGUUGAAAGUAUUACUGUAUAAUCAGGUCUGGAUUGAGACACAAUUUAGCAAUCAUUUUCCCAGGUUGUCCUUCUUCAAAGCCUGUUCUGCUUUUUAACCGGUUUGAACAUUGAGACAUUUUGUGCUGAACUAAAUCAAGUUUCAAAUCUUUCAUUUCUUCCUCUGAGGCCACCUUUUUUUUUUCUUCUAUUAACUGUAAGUCUUAUUGAGCACCAGUGUUUCACACUAAGCCUAUAUACUCUUUCAUGAGGUCACACACUGAGGCUGUAGGAUGUUGGUGAUUGGUUGAAAUGUGCAGUGGUUUAAAUGAAUGUGGAACAAAUUCAGAAGCUAGUCUCAACAGGAGUAAUGUAACUGUACUGAAGCUAUAGAUUAACAGUGAUGUUAAAGUAAAUAGAAGUUAUAGUGCCAUGAUGUAGUAUCACUGCACAGACAAAAUACUAUAAUGUAUUUUCCAGUAGAAUCGUGUUUAGUAUUUUCUUUUUUUAAAUUACAAUGUGGUUGAAUUUCAGUCCGAAUUUUUAUUGUAAAUAAAUGUAUUAAAAAAAUACCUUUCAAA